AUGGGCCCCUGUACCGCCUCCUCAUGCUGCUGCCAGGCCCGUAAUCUGCCAUGGGCCCCCGUACCGACUCCUCAUGCUGCUGCCAGGCCCGUAAUCUGUCAUGGGCCCCUGAUACCGCCUCCUCAUGCUGCUGCCAGGUCCAGAGUGUGUCAUGGGUCCCUGUACGGCCUCCCAUUGCUGCUGUCUCCAUAGCCACACUCUGCCAUGUGCCACUUUCAGGUCUCCUCACACUGCUGGUGGGUUCCAUUUUGUCAUAGGGUGCUGUAUGGCCUCCCAUUGCUGCUGCCUCCACCGCCACACUGUGGCUCCACACUCUGGUUUUGGCCCCGUGACUGCCCAAAUGAGUGAAGUGUGCGGUGAUUCUAAGAUCGACGGCACUCAUCUGCAUGUCAUACUGACUGACAGUAUUAUUUCUCUUCCCCAGCAGACUCCAAGGGCAUUUAAAUUAAAGGUACAGUGUUCUGCACUAAUAUAA